ACCCCAACCAGGUUCGGGGGGGAAGCGACCAGACGCGGCCGCUGCCCGGGAAUACCGGUCGGUGCUUUGAGGGCCAAAGUUACCCGCCCCCUCUUGUCUAACAGGUGAGGAAGAUCGGGGAUUGUGACGGCUCAUUGUGCGAAGAAUCCCCAAGCUGAAGUUGAUAUAUCGAGAGGCUCGACAUGAUAACGUCAUAGAGACUAAAAGCCACACGCCCACAUCGAAUCUCAAGUUCCACGUUACCAGCCUGGUUCACAUUGCAAAUCUCCACGCCCAAAGCCGAGGUUGAGCACCGGUGAACGACGAUGCCUUCAAUGGUCUGCAAACGCCUGGCGACUGGCCUCGUGGCGUGGAGGAGUUUGCUCAAGGCAACGUGCUGGAGAGGUACUAGUACGGCAUCACAGCGGAGAACGCUCGCUUCCAGCUACCAAGGGCUUAGUUUUAGCCAGGGCCCAAGUGAGCCACCGCUUCUCACACAAACCAUCCCCGAACACUUUUCUCAAGUUGUAUCCCUUCAUGGUGACCUCCCUGCCGUCAUCGCGCGCGCCUCCACCGCCCUCACCUCAUCGCCAGCCUCCACGUCAACCCCGCUGCCGCCCGCCUCGACCACUGUGCUGACAUACGCCUCCCUCGACGCCCUCUCCAACACCCUCGCCUCGUCUCUCCGCACUCUCGGCAUCCGCAAGGGUGACCGCCUCGCCGUCUCCCUUGGCAACGGCGCCGAGUUCGCCGCCCUAACCUACGCCGCCUUCAAGCUCGGCGCCGUGCUGGUCCCGCUGAACCCGGGGUUCAACGCGAAACAGGUUGGCGCGGCGCUUCGGCACCUGAGCGUCGAAGUGCUCGUGAUCGGAAAGGUCACGGACCUGCCGUACAAGCCGUGCCGUGGACGGAGCAACCUCGACCUUUUGCGGACGCUAGUGCCAGACCUGGACAAGGGCAAGGUCGAGAGUGAGCAGGUGCCGAGCUUGAAAACCGUUAUCGUGCUGGACAACGCGGCCUCGCACCCGCUGGUGGACUUUCCCGCAUUCAGGGCGCUGACGCCGUACGAGGUACUGCUGGACGGGUUCGACGGGCCCAUCGUGCCGGACGCGCCGCUGGACCCCGGGGAGACGAUUAACAUCCAGUUCACUUCGGGAACGACGUCCCACCCCAAGGCGGCGAUGCUGACGCACACCGGCAUCCUGAACAACGGCCACCUGAUCGCGCAGAGGAUGGGGCUCGUGCCGCGGGACAGGAUCGUCGUGCCGCCGCCGCUGUUCCACUGCUUUGGGUGCGUGCUGGGGUACAUGGCGACGGCGACCUCGGGGGCGGCGAUCCUGUUCCCGAGCCCAGCGUUCGACCCGGCGGCGACGGUGAAGAUGGUCGCCGACUACGACGCCACGGGGCUGUACGGCGUGGCGACCAUGUUCGUGGCGGUGAUGGAAGCGCUGGCGGCGGGGAGUGCGGCAAGGCCUGAGGACAUGCCACGGGGGCUAACGAAAGGCAUCGCCGCGGGGAGCUCUGUGCCGGAGAGCCUCAUGCGGAGGCUGUACGAGACGCUGGGCCUGCGGGACCUGGUAAUCUGCUACGGCAUGACAGAGACGAGCCCCGUGAGCUGCAUGACGGCUCCCAACGACGCGUUCGGGAAGCGGACGGGGAGCGUCGGGCGCGCGAUGCCGCACACGGCCGUCAAGAUCGUCGACCCGCUAGACAGGGGGCGGAUCGUGCCGCGCGGGGAGCGCGGGGAGCUGGCGGCGGCGGGGUACCUCGUGAUGAAGGGGUACUGGGGCGACGAGGAGAAGACCCGGGAGGUCCGGCGGGAGGAGUCGGACGGGCGGGUGUGGAUGUACUCGGGCGAUGAGGCGCUCAUGGAUGACGAGGGGUACGUCCAGAUCACGGGACGGAUCAAGGACCUCAUCAUCCGCGCGGGCGAGAACAUCCACCCGCUCGAGGUAGAGAACUGCCUCUUCCAGAUGGACGGGGUGAAGGAGGCUGCCGUGGUGGGCGUGCCGGACGAGAAGCUCGGGGAGAGCGUGGCCGCCUUCGUGGUUCCUCAGAAAGGCUGGGUCGUGGACGGCGAGGGGUCCGCGGGGGAGAAGGAGGGGAUCACGAAGGAGGGCGUGAGGCGGUGGGUGCGGGAGCACCUGUCGAGCCACAUGGUGCCGAAGCAUGUCUUCUGGGUGGACGAGUACCCCAAGACGCCGAGCGGGAAGAUUAUGAAGUUCAAGCUGAGGGACAUGGCCAAGGAGCUGCUCCAGGCGGACGAGAAGUCAUAGAGUGAGGGUGGCGUGGGAUGAGACGCAGGACGGACGGUCAGAGUUGGAGGUGAACCAUCUUUGAGGGCGACUUGAAGCUACCCUAGUUGGAAGGUAUCGUGGGCUUUUCAUGGAAGCCGCGGCAUGGCCUCUGUAGUAUUUGGCUAAAGAAUGGUACUAUAGCUGAGUAGUAUCCGUAUAGACUACUCCGCAAUUGUAAUAUUCAUGUCGCAGUGAACGUCAGACAUGGGAGUCAGAACGGGAAGACAUAUAGUUGAACAAUGGCCCUCAUGUUUUGCCGUUACUACUGAGA